UCAGUACAUUUUGAAGAAAAAAACCUCAUACAGACGCUGUUGUGCAGGAUUGCAGGGGGCUAGGGCCGCCUUCCUAACCACUGCUUUUUAUUUAUUUUAAAACAACUGUGUUUUGUUAAAAAGACAAUAAUAAUAAUAAAGUACUAAUUUACAGGACAGUAAGGGAUCUAGCCGGACCUUAAUCAGACAUGUCAACUUUGGACGAGACAGAUGCACUGCGGCCGAAAUAUGGGUCUGUUCUGGACAGCGUGGAGCGCCUCACUGCAGAGGAGAUGGACGAGCGGCGGCAGCAGAACAUGGCGUACGAGUACCUGUGCCACCUGGAGGAGGCCAAGCGGUGGAUGGAGGCCUGCCUGGAUGAGGAGUUGCCCCCCACCACAGAGCUAGAAGAGGGGCUGCGAAAUGGAGUCUACCUGGCAAAGCUGGGCAACUUCUUCGCUCCGCGCGUCGUGUCCCUUAAGAAGAUCUACGACCGCGAGCAGACCCGAUACAAGGCCACAGGACUCCAUUUCAGACACACUGACAACGUGAUCCAGUGGUUGAACGCCAUGAACGAGAUCGGUCUGCCAAAGAUUUUCUACCCAGAGACGACAGAUAUCUACGACAGGAAGAACAUGCCUCGCAGCAUCUACUGCAUCCACGCACUCAGUUUGUACCUGUUCAAGCUGGGAUUGGCCCCUCAGAUCCAGGACCUGUAUGGGAAGGUGGAUUUCACAGAGGAGGAGAUUAACAACAUGAAGAGCGAAUUAGAGAAGUACGGGAUCCAGAUGCCCGCUUUCAGCAAGAUUGGCGGCAUCCUGGCCAAUGAGCUUUCAGUGGACGAGGCGGCAUUGCACGCCGCGGUGAUUGCGAUUAAUGAUGCCAUCGAUCACGGGGAGCCAGCGGGCACCAUGGCAGCCAUGCGCAACCCCAACGCCAUGUUGGUGAACCUGGACGAGGGCUCCAGCCAGCGCUACCAGCACACCCUGCAGCAAGCCAAGCAGGACAAGGUGGCCAACGCCAGGAAACGGAUAAUGGGAGAGAAUUCCCAAGAGGAGCGAGACGUCUACGAGGAGCUGCUGACCCAGGCCGAGAUCCAGGGCAACAUCAACAAAGUGAAUUUGCUGAACUCUCUGGAGAUGGUGGAUCGUGCCCUGCUUGGAGGUGACGAGGCUGCUCUCUAUGAUGCACUGCGCUCGCAGGCUCUGGGGCUCCGCAGGCUGCAGCCAGACAAUAAGGACUGGUACCUGAAGCAGCUGAGUGCUGACCGCGAGGCCAAGGAGCAGAAUUUCCCAGGGGAGUUGCUACAGAAGGAGGAGCUUCAGAACGGGGUGGAUCUCGCCACUGACGAUGCCAACCGCUACCAGAAAAUGCUGCUGGCAGUGGAGCGGAUCAACACUGCGAUCCGCGGGGGGGUUGCGGAGGAGACGGUGUCAGAGCUGAUGAACCCCGAGGCUCAGCUCCCCCAGGUCUACCCCUCUGCUUCGGACCUGUACCAGCGAGAGCUCUCCACCCUGCAGCAGCAGAGCCCGGAGGGCUCCCUGACGCAUCCCGAGCUGCUGGUUGCUGUGGAGAUGCUGUCGUCAGUGGCGCUGAUUAACCGGGCGCUGGAUACGGGGGACAGGCAGGCAGUGUGGAAGCAGCUGGAGAGCUCAGUGACUGGACUGAGCAAUGUGGAGGACGAGAACGCACCGAGGUACAUCGAUGAUCUGACCCGGUUGAAGGCAGUGGCUCGGGCCGAAGGGAAUCCCUUCCUCACCUGGAACAACAUCCAGGCCUGUGUGGACCAGGUGAACAGCACUGUGCAGGAGGAGCAUGAGAGGAUCAUUGCCAUUGGACUCAUUAACGAGGCUCUGGAUCAGGGCAGUGCUCAGACCACUCUGGCAGCACUGCAGCACCCAGCCGCCAAGCUGUCCGAGGUGCGGCCCCUGGUGGCACAGCACUACCACGACACGCUGGUGCGGGCGCGCAGAGAGAAGGCACAGGACACACAGGACGACUCUGCGGUGCUCUGGCUGGAUGAGAUCCAGGACGGUGUGUACAAAUCGAACAAGGAGACGGAGGACUCGCAGCAGUUCUCUCUGGGGAUCCUGGGGAUCAAUGAGGCGGUGGAGCGCGGUGACACGGCUCAGACCCUCGCUGCUCUGCGCUCCCCCGACGUGGGGCUGUACGGAGUGACCCCUGAGUGUAACCAGGCCUACCAGGCAGACCUCGCUGUGCUUAAGAAGAGCAAGCAGGACGAGGGUGACAAUGGCAGUGAUUGGGUGAAGCACUGGGUGAAGGGAGGGUACGAUUACUACUUCAACAUCCGGACCAGGGAGGGGAGCUGGGAGGAGCCGGCCAACUUCAUCGAGAACAACACGCAGCUGGGCCGGGAGGACAUCCAGACAACCAUCUCUGGAGUGACGUCCGCCUACAACCGGGAGCAGCUGUGGCUGGCCAAUGAGAACCUGAUCACUGAGCUGCAGGCACGUUGCCGAGGAUACCUGGUGAGGAACGGGCAGACAGAGCGCCUCAACUACCUGAAGAGACAGGGCCCGGCCAUCACCUGCAUCCAGUCUCACUGGAGAGGCUACAAGCAGAGGAAGAAUUACCUGAACAGGAAGCAAUACCUGAAAGACCACACAGAGGAAGUCACCAAGAUCCAGUCCAAGGUGAGGAUGCACCAGGCAAGAAAGAGAUACCAGGACCGGCUCAAGUACUUCCGUGACCACAUUGAUGAUAUAGUAAAAAUCCAGGCGUUUAUCCGGGCCAACAAGGCCAGAGAUGAUUACAAGACACUAAUAAACGCUCAGGAUCCCCCCAUGGCAGUGGUGCGGAAGUUUGUCCACCUGCUUGACCAGAGUGACCAGGACUUCCAGGAGGAGCUGGAGCUGAUGCGCCUGCGUGAGGAGGUCGUGACCCAGAUCCGCUCCAAUCAGCAGCUAGAGAAUGACCUCAACCUCAUGGACAUCAAGAUCGGCCUGCUGGUCAAGAACAAGAUCACCCUGCAGGAGGUGGUGUCUCACAGUAAGAAACUGACCAAGAAGAACAAGGGGCAGCUCUCCGACAUGAUGAUGAUGAACAAGCAGGGCGGGCUGAAGGCGCUGAGCAAGGCAAAGCGAGAGAAACUUGAGGCCUACCAGUUCCUCUUCUACCUGUUACAGACGAACCCCACCUACCUGGCCAAGCUGAUCUUCCAGAUGCCCCAGAACAAGUCCACCAAGUUCAUGGACUCUGUGAUCUUCACGUUGUACAACUACGCCUCCAACCAGCGUGAGGAGUACCUGUUGCUGAAGCUCUUCAAGACCGCACUGCAGGAGGAGAUCAAGUCAAAGGUGGACCAGAUCCAGGAGAUUGUCACGGGGAACCCCACCGUUAUCAAAAUGGUGGUGAGCUUUAACCGUGGGGCCCGGGGCCAGAAUGCACUGAGGCAGAUCCUGGCGCCCGUCGUCAAGGAGACCAUGGAUGACAAGGCACUGAGCAUUAAGACCGAUCCCGUGGAUAUUUACAAGAGCUGGGUCAACCAGAUGGAGUCUCAGACUGGCGAGGCAAGUAAGCUUCCCUACGACGUGACGCCAGAGCAGGCGCUGAGUCACGAGGAGGUCCGGACCCGGCUCGACGCCUCCAUCAAGCACAUGCGCACCGUGACGGACAAGUUCCUGUCAGCCAUCACUGUGUCUGUGGACAAGAUCCCGUACGGGAUGCGCUUCAUUGCCAAGGUGCUGAAGGACACGCUGCACGAGAAGUUCCCAGACGCCACCGAGGACGAGCUCUUAAAGAUUAUUGGUAACCUGCUGUAUUACCGCUACAUGAACCCAGCCAUUGUGGCGCCUGAUGCCUUUGACAUCAUCGACAUGUCCGCAGGAGGCCAGCUGACCACAGACCAGCGGCGCAACCUGGGCUCCAUUGCCAAGAUGCUGCAGCACGCUGCCUCCAACAAGAUGUUCAUCGGAGACAAUUCACACCUAGCAAAUAUCAACGAGUACCUCAGCAACUCCUACCAGAAAUUCAGACGGUUCCUGCUGGCUGCCUGUGACGUCCCCCCUCUGGAGGACAAGUUCAACGUGGACGAGUACUCGGACCUGGUCACCCUCACCAAGCCCGUCAUCUACAUCACUAUCGCAGAGAUCAUCAACACCCACACGCUCCUGCUGAAUCACCAGGACGCCAUCGCCUCUGAACACAACGACCCCAUUCACGAGCUCCUGGAGGACCUGGGCGAGGUCCCCACCAUAGAGUCUAUGGUUGGGGAAGGCACGCUGGCCCCCGGGGACCCCAACUGGGACAUGCUGACAAAGACAGAGGUGUCUCUCACAUUGACCAACAAGUUUGACGUGCCGGGCAGCGAGAAUGAAGAGAUGGAUGCCAGGACACUCAUGCUCAACGCCAAGCGGCUGAUUGUAGAUGUGAUCCGUUUCCAACCCGGAGAGACCCUGACAGAGAUCCUGGAGACCCCCGCCAGCAGCGAGCAGGAAGCGGAGUACCAGCGAGCCAUGCAGCGGCGAGCUAUCCGGGACGCCAAGACGCCAGAGAAGAUGAAGCAGAAGAAAACCGCGAAGGACGACAGUCUGACGCUGCAGGGCAAGAAGGACAAGAUCCAUGCCAACUUGCAACGCCUGGGGGAGCUGGGCAAGGUGAACCCUGAGAACCGCUACCAGGACCUCAUCAACGACAUCGCAAAGGAUAUCCGCAACCAGCGUCGGUACAGGCAGCGCAGGAAGGCAGAGCUUGUGAAGCUGCAGCAGACUAAUGGCGCGCUAAACUCCAAGUCCAGCUUCUACGCAGUGCAGAUCGACUAUUACAACCAGUACAUCAAGACCUGCAUGGAUAACCUGGCCAGCAAGGGCAAGGUGUCUAAGAAGCCAGGGCAGGUGAAAAAGAGCAAGCAGGUGUCUCAGAAAUACACAGCGGCACGGCUCCACGAGAAGGGGGUGCUGAUGGAGAUCGAGGACCUGCAGACCAGCCAGUUUAAGAAUGUAAUCUUUGAGAUCUCACCAGCGGAGGAGGUCGGUGACUUUGAGGUGAAGGCCAAGUUCAUGGGAGUGCAGAUUGAGACUUUGAUGCUGCAUUACCAGGACCUGCUGCAGCUGCAGUACGAGGGCGUGGCUGUGAUGAAGCUCUUCGACCGAGCGACCGUCAACGUCAACCUGCUCAUCUUCCUCCUCAACAAGAAGUUCUACGGGAAGUGAGCGAGCGAGCGCAGAGAUCACAGACACUUUACAAAGCGCCACGUUGGUACCCCAGGCGCCACAUCCACACAGACCACAGCACUAUGCCACGUGGCCACGCCUUCCAGGGAGUUUCCUCUCCAAUCAGAACUCUCGUUUUGCCUUUUAUUUGCUUUUCCGAGAUAUUUGCAUGUUCUCCAGGUUGUUCCCUCACGGCCUGUCUGAAUAGCACAGACUGUCUCAAAAUCCUUAAUAUUCCUAUAAGAAUCUGUGCUUAUGUUAGUCUAUGAUAAAAUUGCUAUCACACAGUGUUGGGUAUUGCCAAUACAUUAUACCAGAACCACUUCUGACUUGAUUUUACAAUCUCAAAAAACAUUUCUGAGGCUUUUCUUUAGUUAGUUUUUCCUGCCCCAGCUGUUCAAUGAGAGAGAAGGUGUGUACAUGCUCUCAUGGAGGGUAUCACUCCACUUUCCCCCAAUACUGUAUAUUAGUUUAUAAGCCCAAUCAUUCCACCACAGAAUUGUCAAAAAAAAAAAAAAAAAAAAGUCUUUUAGUCUGUGCUUGAAAUGUGUUUUUGUUUGCCAUAGACAUUUAUUAAGUGGCUAAAGCAAGAAAACUAUAUUUUGAGGAGCUAUAUAUCAUGUAAAAGAGACAAUCACAUUUGAAACAUUAUAUGGUUCAUUUAUUUAAUAUGUGCAUGUUUGUAUAGGGGGUGUACAGAGCAUUUGGCUGAACUUGACAGUGUUGCUUCAAUUCACUUUCUGUUAGCUGCAUACAGUGUCCAUCUGUGAUCUUGGAUUUCCUUACAACCUGAGCGUGUUUACAGGUGAAACUGAAAAUCAUCUUUUAACUUGUUUCUAUUGCAGUUGCUUUGGGGGGACACCCAGGAUUAGGGAUCCAGUGCUGGGAGAUCGGUGCCUUUUUGUAUUUUUGAAAUAAUAAUAAUACAGUAAUAAUAAUUAUUAAAAGAAGUAUAAAGAUGUGUUUUGUAUAAACAGUGUGCGCUUCAGGGGCAAUUUGGUAUGAGUAUAUAAUAUCAGAUUUAUUUUAACUGAGAUAUUUUUGGUCUUGAGAUUGCCUUUAUGAACCAUUAAAAUGUCCCCCUGCAACACUACCUCUAAUGCUUUAUGUUCUUACUCGCAAGAACUGCUUACACCCACAAGAGGCAGAGUGUUUCAGGGGGAAGUUGUAAUGGUUACACUCUAUGUACCAGAAGGGCUUGGAGUCCAGACAAGAUUUUGGGAGGCACAAUCAGGGGUGCACCAGGAAGUGAUGACAAACAGAAAAUACAGUAAAGAGCAAAGGAUAAAAUAGUUAAGAUAUCGCUGAUAUCUCCUACCAUCGCCAAGCUGACCUUCAAGGAAGUAGUCUAAAAGGGAAAGGUGUUUGAGUGGACCCUGUUUUAAUUAUGUACCAUGGUGUAUUCUCGUCUGGGGUGAUCCUCUUGUUAAAUUAUAAUGUUCCCCUCUGAUAUUAUUAUAUAACUCUGUUCUGCUGUAUAUCCCCCCUUCUAUUGUACAAGCAGGACAAAUGGGAUUCAUUGAAUAUGCAGUCUGGGAAAAAUAAAAGAUCUUUAGAAAACCUGGAAAGGGGCGUGCUGUAUGUUGACCUGUAUAAUGUUGGUGUCUAUCCAGGCUGUCAGGAACAGUGUUAGUCACUCAUUGUAGUAUGGAGACAGAGACCUUGCACAUUGCCCUUGUCAAAAGUGGAAUGAAACAGGGCCUGCUGUUGCUCUGUCAUUGAGUUGUGGUUAAAUUCUUAAGUAUUAUGUAAUCUGUUUUUUUUUUCUUUUCUUUGUGUGGCAUUCUGUUUAAAGAUUAUUAUGUUUAGUGCCUUGAAAUACAAAAAGUAAGUUCUGUAUUUAACAGCUCAAAAUAAAUUGCUGGGAAUUGA